AUGUCAGGUUCUAGUGAUGAUGAUAUAUUUAUUACCCAAACAAAGACUUGUGAAAUGGAUGAUUAUAAUUUAGAAACGGAUACUGUUCUUAGUGAUGCUCUGAAUUUGGAGGAAAAUUAUGUAAAAGAAGCCAUACAGUUACCAAACUUUGAUUUGAAGUACUCUGAUAUAAGCGAUGUUGAAACACCAAAUUUACCAGAAAAUGCCAAGACUUCACUAAGUAUUAAAACUGAAAAUAAAACUAGAUGGGCAGUUAAUUUGUUUAGUAUGUGGAAGAAACACAGAAACAAUAAUAACUCUGAAGAAAAAGGUUUAUUUAAUCUUUCCAGUCAAGAAUUGAAUGAGGCACUUUCCUUUUUUAUAGCUGAAGUGCGUAAGGAAUCCGGUGAUAAUUAUAAACCAAAUACUUUGUAUGAGAUUAUUAUAUCUAUACAGGACUACCUUCGUCAGAAUGGACGUUUAAUAGCCUAUAUGGAUGAUCAAGAAUAUCAGGGUUCAAGAAGUGUUCUGAACAGUAAAAUGAAGGAGUUGUCGAGACUUGGACUGGGUAUUAAUACCAAGAAGUCAGAAGUUAUUACAAUAGAACAAGAAGAGAUUUUAUGGAGUAAAGGCUUGUUAGGUUAA